CAACCACAAAGCCUGAUCUUCUCUGUGUACCAGGCCCCGUCUUCUCUGAAAUAUGAGUUCCCACCAGCAGAAGCAGCCUUGCACCGCACCCCCCCAGCUCCAGCAGCAGCAAGUGAAACAGCCCUGCCAACCUCCACCCCAGGAACCAUGUGUUCCCCAAACUAAGGAGCCAUGCCACACCAAGGUUCCUGAGCCAUGCCACACCAAGGUUCCUGAGCCAUGCCACACCAAGGUGCCAGAGCCAUGCCACACCAAGGUGCCAGAGCCGUGCCACACCAAGGUUCCUGAGCCAUGCCACACCAAGGUUCCUGAGCCAUGCCACACCAAGGUUCCUGAGCCAUGCCACACCAAGGUGCCAGAGCCGUGCCACACCAAGGUUCCUGAGCCAUGCCACACCAAGGUUCCUGAGCCAUGCCACACCAAGGUUCUGGAGCCAUGUCCUUCAACAGUAAUUCCAGCACAAAUUCAGCAGACCAAGCAAAAGUAAUGUGGUCCACAGCCAUGCCCUUGAGGAACCAACCACUGAAUGCUGAAUCCCCUCCCCUAUUCUGCUUAUCUGUUCCACUUAUAAUUAGCAUGCUGUCAUAACCCUCUGAGUCAUAACCCCUCCCUCUUUACGCCCUCUAAAAAGUCCCUCACUUUCAGUCUGAAGAGCUUCUGAGCCCCUGAAUAAGGCUGAAAGUCUCACUGGCUGAGCUAGUCUUCUAGCUGCUCAAGGCACAUCUGAAGAGUGAUUGGGGUGGGGAUCAAGUGACUCUUCCCUGCUCUGCCCCCAUUAAAUCA